GAGGAGACGCUCAAGUUGGGGUUGGAUGAUGCUUCAGCCCUCAUCAAGCAUGCCAAGCUCGACCUUGGCGAGGCCGAGUUUCGCGAGACGGCGCAGCGGACUCCCGACGCCCUAUUGCGCGCAGAGGAGAUCAAGGGUGUGGUCGACGCGCUCUGCGAGAAGCUCGCAGAGAAGAGGGCUGCGUACGAGAUCGUGGCGGGUGAGCUGGUGCAGAUCCAGGCUGAGGUCAACUUGGCUCGAGCUGCCAUGCUUGCCCAGCCAAGUCCGUCUGGCAGUGGUCCCCCUGAGCUCCAGGUGGCCAUGCAGCGGUUGGACACUAUCAUUCAAGCGGUACUUGCAAUUAUCCUGGCGGGCAACCACGAGUCCAUGCUGGCUGGCAUCGCUACAGAUGCAGUUCGCGCAGGUGCAGCAGGCGGCAGGAGGCGGGGCCGAGCAGGCCACUCCAAUAGUGCAGGCGCCAGCGGCAAAGGCAUCGCAGCCCAGGGCGCCAUCGGCCGCGCGGUCCACGCCACAUCGCAGCAGCGCGUCCGCAACCAUGGCGGCGCGCUUUUCCCGCGGCUCACGCCGGCGAGGGGCCCCCGCCCGCGGCCUUCGCGGGGGCGCCCCAAUGCGUCUGCCCUCGUCGGCGCGCCCCUCGCGGAGAUCGCGGCCGUGCACUUCGCGCUACAGUUGGAGUUCCCGCGGCGUCUCCGCGCCCGUCUCGGCGCGCUCUGCCCGGCGGACGGCGCCCUCUCGGGGGUGGAAGUGGACGACUCCGACGAGGCGCGGGUGGAGCUCGGCGACCCGCAGUAUUCCUGGACAGAGCGGGUGGAAGUGGACGACUCCGACGAGGCGCGGGUGGAGCUCGGCGACCCGCAGUAUUCCUGGACAGAGCGGGUUGAAGCCGAUGUUCAAUUCGGACCAGGUACCUCGGCGUCGCUUGUUUUGAGGCUGCUGCAGCGUCGCAUCGAGGACGUCGCGCACGCGGUGGUCAACUUCUGCUGCGUGCCCCUAGGUUGCCUCCCAGCUGGUCUUGUUCUGGAGGCGUCGUCGUAUUUGAUCGGCAUCUUCAACCAGGUGGACUUCUGGGCUGACAUCUGGGACGGGGCCGGCGAGCCAGCGUGCGUUGAUGGGCUUCGAGGUGAGCUCGCGCGCCCUCGGGGUUCGGGGCCGAGGAUGCCGCCCAUGGGCACGCGCGUGCUCCGUCGGGCCUCCAUGAGCUUCCCAGCCAGGUUUCCGUGGCUCGACUCGAUGUCGCGUCUGGCUUUGCAGAUGCACGGCAUGGCGGUACGUGUGCAGAAAAGAGCCAUCGACAUCACCUACGGGGUGCUCUACUUUCCUUCCCAGCCACGGUCGCACAAAGAGAACGGAGUCUACCACGAGAGUGUGAAGGCCCUUGCUCGCUGGUGGCGCUCAGUCCUGCAGGCGUUCCCCUGCCGCACACUCCCGCUGUUCUAUGCGGGCAUAAACGACGGCAUCGGGGCACAGGCAGUUCGGCAUUUGCUGAUGGAGCAAAAAAUGGCUUCGGCGACCUCUUACAGCUCCUUUGCGUACACCUACUGGUCGUUGAACACACCGUCCACGGGCAGCAUGCUAGACUACUGGUUUCUUCCCCGAGGCUGGCUGGAACGCUUGAGCAGAUGCCAUCUCGCCCGAGACCUUGGCGACAACCCGAUUCGAGGAAUUCCGCCGAGGGACCACAUCCCCGUUUUAUUGGAAAUCGGCUGCGAAAAGGAUGCGGACGUUCUCCCACCAGCCCCACCUCCGAGGCUCAAUGGCGACGCGAUGAUGGCGGCCAUCUUACGGGGGGAACAGAAGCAGGAUUUUCUCGGGGCCUUCCUCACCGAACCAGCAGAGAAUGAUGAACAUCUACGCGAGCUGGCUAAUAAGAACGCCCCUGAUGACAUGUGGGAAGCCUCAGCAGCAAUCAUGACAUCCUCGGGGGCGAACGCCGACGCCACUUUGAGCAACGCACUGAACAUCGAC